AUUCGUUCAGCCAGCUGAAGUUUGGAGACUAUAUAAGACAGACCAACUCUACCACUGUACCUUUGUGAAGAUGUGCAACUGGACAAUGAGGGUUGUUCUUGGUUUGCUGUUGUUCCUGCUCAGUCUGUGUGGCUCAGGGGCUCAGGGGGAGGGUGGAGGCCUCGACGAGCAGAGAUCUCCACUUCAUGAGGAUCUACUAAUCUGAAUUGACAGACAGAACCAAACCAAUCCAAAGCGUGAUGCACCUGCCCUAGCUUGAAGCUCACCUGAGGCACCUCCUUGAAGCUCUAGUAGCAAAACCCACGGUUCUGUCAUGCUGGAAUCAGAACAUGGCCCUAUAACGCAUGAGGAGCACGCCCACACAAGAUGUUGGGUGUGUGUACUGAGCUGCCUCCUGCUCGCCUGUGUGUACGUUGGCAGUUUGUACGUCUGGAGGAGCAGCUUACCCAGGGACCACCCCAGUGUGAUUAAGCGUCGCUGUGCCAGUGUGCUGCUGGUCUCCACACUGUCACCUGCAGUGGUGAAGGGGUGGAUACACUGGGCUGAUGUCAGGGUCGAUGCGUCAGUGUGGGAGUUGAUGGGAGUUCGAUUGGAAAGCCUGGUUCCUGCAGCGAUACUGCCACUACUACUAACCAUGGUAUGUUAUCUCGGUCCCCUGGUCCAGUCUGCAAUGGACAACCCCAAAGGCUUCACUGGGGAACUGCAGUCUGCACUAGAUGUUCAGUCAUGGAGGUUGUGUGUGGGAGAUGUAGUGUGGCUCAGGAACCAGGUGGUGGCACCACUGACAGAGGAGCUGGUGUUCAGAGGGGCCAUGAUGCCCAUGCUGGUGCCCUGCACAGGACCCACAGCUGCCAUCUUCAUGGCUCCGCUGUUCUUCGGUGUUGCUCAUUUCCACCAUAUCAUAGAGCAACGGCGCCUCCACAAGGACAGUAUGAGUGUCAUACUCUUGGUGUCAGGGAUGCAGUUCUUGUAUACAACUGUGUUUGGUGCCUUUACUGCCUUUAUAUUCAUGAGAACUGGUCAUGUCGUGGGUCCAGUUUUGUGUCAUUCGUUCUGUAACAGUCAGGGCCUGCCCGACAUCAGCUCUGCCCUGAAACACCCUCAACAAUCAGCUCUUGUCUUCUCGUAUUUGAUGGGGGUGCUGUUGUUUCUGGUGCUUCUCUUCCCGCUGACAGACCCCUUCUUCUAUGGUGACAUUCCCGUCUGCAGCCUGGCUCUCCCUCCAGCGUCUGUAUGCCAGAUGAAAUGAAAUGAAAUAUACUCCCACUCUUAAAACUACAUUUCAUUUUCAAAUAAAAAAAGUAUUUAUAUGA